UUCACUAAACAGGCAUUAUUGUAGACCUCUAAAAGAGGUCCUUCAGAAGGACCCAAACAGCAUGCACCCGGAACUUGUUGCAAGAAUGAAGUAAACAAUCAAUUCAGCGUUUAAGAGAUUCAAUUUCGAGGUCUUCCAGAUUCCUCAAGGUGGAAAAGAUGAACAACAUGUCUCCAGAGGUUGCACUGCACAGGAUCUCACCUGAGUUGCGGCCCUUGCUGUGCAGCGUGGUGCGGAAUGGCCGUGUGGGACUGGACUCUACAAACUGCCUUCGUGUCACAGAUCUAAAAACUGGAUGUACGUCUCUGACCCCGGGCCCAUGCUGUGAUCGCUUUAAACUUCACAUCCCCUACGCUGGAGAAACCCUCAAAUGGGAUAUAAUAUUUAAUGCCCGCUAUCCAGAAUUGCCUCCAGAUUUCAUUUUUGGAGAAGAUGCUGAGUUUCUGCCUGAACCUACAGAAUUACCUGAAUUGGCUAGCAGCCAAGUGUGUAUUGCCAUAUAAAGUGUGGAGCCUCUUCUGUAAAUAAAUAACCAUCCCCUCUAUUUUGAAAAAUUAACUAUAUACCGUAUCUUACAUGUAUCACUGGAAGACUAAUUUAAACUUGCAUGGAGUAACAGACAAGAAGGCAUGCUAAUUGCUAAACUAGCUUGUGACAAGACAGGAAAUAUGUGCUUAUUGUGUUGUUUUAUUUUGUAUGUUUUUUUUUUCAUUGACAAUUUGAAAACAUCCAAGCGAGCAGAGGCACUUUUGUAUAAUAGUGAGAUAAUCAUAGAUUUUUGUUGUAAGAUGGCUGAUACAACAAUUAAUAAUGGCUCUCUAUUUUGACUUACUUUUAUCUCCGCUUUGGAUCAUGUCUGCAGAGUUGUGAUUCACUAGCACCAAGUCAGACUAAACAGAUGAUACAAA